UCCGGGAGUAAACAACAUGUCGGAAAUGUAUAUUUUUGAGAAGUUAUAAAUGAAAGAUACGUCUAAAAUCCACGAUGAACGCCCUUAGAAAACUGCCUUGAUUGUAUUCUGGAUCUGUAUUAUAUAUUUUGUUUCCAGUACUAAUAGAGCUUGCAUACAUCCACGUAGACGAGGAUGUGUGACCACCACCAGCUGCGGACCCCGACCCCCGCUGGAAUCGUGGACCAUGUCGGAUCCCUGUCGGACAAUCUCGGGGAACUGGUGGACAGCUCCGAGUACAGUGACCUCACACUGAUCGUGGAGGGAACAAGCUUCCCAUCACAUAAGGCGAUUCUGGCUGCUAGAUCUAUGUACUUCAGGGCGAUGCUGUUUGGAGGGAUGAAGGAAUCGUUACCUGGAACUACGGAGAUUGAACUGAAGGAUAUGUCUGCUACGGCGUUUUCUUACUUACUGAGAUACAUGUAUACCAGUCGAAUCAACCUGCUGGACAUCAAGGAGGAGGUUCUCUUGGAUAUUUUAGCCAUGUCUCAUCGAUAUGGUUUCUUGGAACUCGAAGGUUCCAUUUCGGAAUAUUUAAAGGCCAUUCUGAAUAAGACCAAUGUGUGCAUGAUCUACGACUUGGCCAAUGUAUACAGUCUGACGUCACUGUGCAACGUGUGCAAGGAAUUCAUUGACAGAAACGCACAGGACAUUCUACAGAGCGAGGCCUUUCAAUCUCUUUCACAGUGCUCAGUGACAGACUUAAUAUCGAGAGACUCAUUUUGUGCGCCCGAGAUUGACAUUUUCAACACUGUGUGUGAGUGGGCAGAGCAGAACGUAGGUCAGGAUCCUACACCUAUCAUCAACGCAGUGCGUCUGCCUCUUAUGUCUCUAACUGAACUUCUAAACAGAGUCAGAACCACCAAGCUCGUGUCACCUGACGCUAUACUGGACGCUAUUAAACUACAGACAGAGUGUCGCGACAUGGAACUGGAGUACAGGGGAUUUCUUGUGCUGGAUGAUAAUGUGUCGUCCAGUCGACAUUCAGCCCAGGUGAUUCGGGGCGAGAUGAAGGCAGCUCUGCUGGAUGGAGAUUGCCAAAACUAUGACCUUGAUCGAGGGUUCACGCGACAUCCCAUUGAUGAUAACGAGGGUCAGGGUGUGGUCAUUCGCCUCAGUCAACCUUUCAUUGUCAACGCCUUCAAGUUACUGCUGUGGGAUAGAGAUAUGAGGUCAUACUCCUACUACAUAGAAGUGUCGAUGGAUGACAAGGACUACGAGAGAGUGGUCGACCACUCCAAGUACCUGUGUCGGUCCUGGCAGACCAUGCAUUUCUCUCCCAAGGUUGUAAGAUAUAUUAGAAUUGUUGGAACACACAACACUGUGAAUCGUGUUUUCCACAUCGUAGCAUUUGAGUGUUUCUACACGCAGAAGCCGUUUAAACUGGAGCAGGGAUUGAUAGUCCCUCAGGAGAAUGUAGCCACCAUUGAGGCGAGUGCCUGCGUGAUUGAGGGUGUCAGUCGUAGUAGGAACACGCUCAUCAAUGGGGACACGCGCAACUACGACUGGGACUCGGGUUACACGUGUCAUCAGCUGGGCAGUGGGGCAAUCAUUGUUCAGCUCGCACAACCCUACAUCGUGGACUCAAUGAGACUGCUGCUGUGGGACUGUGACGACCGUAGCUAUAGUUAUUACAUAGAGGUAUCCUCAGACCAAAGAAACUGGCACAUGGUGGCCGAUAAACACGAUGAACCAUGCAAGUCAUGGCAGCUCAUCAGAUUUGAAAGAAGACCAGUGGCUUUUAUCAAAAUAGUUGGAACUAACAACACAGCAAAUGAGGUGUUCCACUGUGUCCACUUUGAGUGUCCAGCUGAAGUGUCCGGAGCCGUGUCGUCGAUGUCCAUUCCGAGGGUCCUUGCUGCUGGUUUGACCAAUGAGAGUGGUCAGCAGAGUGCAGCCAAUAGCCCCAGUCAGCAGACACCUAGCUCUGAACAGUACGCCAGUGCUGAUUAUUCCCCCCAAGAUGCCCCUGAGGCCGAUCGCAUGGACGCAAAUAGCAGUGACGAGGCAGAAGACUGAUGACCAGGCACACGUUGCAGCACUCCACUGCACCAGGGUCAUACUUCAUUAUUCUGCUGUCAUUCUGUAGCACACAAUGUUAUUAAGUAAUCCUUUGGCCCGACUCCAAUUUAUCAGGACUCUAAUAACACCUUAACACC